UCUCUCUCUCUCUCUCUCUCUCUAGUAUCUUUUUUUUCUUGCAACUGCCAGGUAAGACUUUGCUGAAAGACACAGUGAAGAGGGAGUGAGAACAAGAGUUUGCUUCAAAGCUAGAAUUGAUGGGGGCGUCAACUUGCAUUACUUUUAAUGGUGCAAUUCUACUACUUUCCAACUAUUGAUCUCCUUUUGAACUACACAACUCCUAUUAAUUGUCUACCACUUAACAAGCAAAAAAGCUGCUGGCCUCACACAACCCACAAACACAAAUUAAACCCAAAACCCCCAAACACUCAGAUUGAAAAUCAUCAAAACUAUAUAUCGAAAUUCCAAUGAUUUUUAUACAAUUAAGGGUUACAACUCUUAAUUAUAGAUAGACAUGAAGAAAUUAAGAUGGUGAGGCAAGGAAGAGGAGGAAGAGAAGAAGAAAUAAUGGGUUCCAGAUGCCAAGACUGUGGGAAUCAAUCAAAGAAGGAGUGUGUGUACAUGAGAUGCAGGACUUGCUGUAAGAGCAAAGGGUUUCACUGCCAAACUCACUUCAAAAGUACUUGGGUUCCUGUCCACAGAAGGCGCCACGCUCAUCACCAACAGCUUCCUUCUAUUGAUCCACAGCACCCACCUCACCUUCAUCAAGGGCACAACUACAACCCUAGGAGGACAGCAGCUGGACACGUCAUCACCAAUUCCUCUUCAUCUGGGCAAAAUCAACAGGUUAACAAUUUUCCAGCAGAAGUGAAUUCCAUGGCCAAUUUUCGCUGUGUUCGAGUGCGCUCCGUGGAGGAUACGGUCAAUCAGCAGGCUUAUCAGACAAGUAUGGUAAUCGGGGGGCAUGUAUUCAAAGGUAUACUUUAUGAUCAAGGCCCUGAUUACACCACUGCAGCUGGCCAAAGUUCCAGCUCCCAGCAUGUAAUGAAUAAGCAAACUAGUAAUUUUAUUAAUGCUACUGCUUCUGCUUCAAAUAUUACUGCUUCCACUCCAUCAGCUGCUGCAGAUCAUCAAGUGCCACAUCAUCAUCAACUUCCUUCUUCUUAUCCGUUGAUUCCUUUUAAUGCAUUCAUGCCUGGUACGCAAUUUUUCCUUUAACCCAAAAUAAUGAUGAGCCUUAACUAGGAUCUCUGUAAUUGGUUCUUGUAUUUAAAAAAUAAGGAUACAUGAUUAAUUAUGUAAUAAUAAUACUUUUCAUACGAUCA